GCGACCGUGGCGACUGGUGGUGGCGGCAGUCGCUGACUUCCUGUUUGAUGGACUUCCUCUUCUCAUUCAGACAGAGGCAAAUCAUCGCACGGAUCUACUACAUUGGCGGCUCAGUUUAUGUUCAGGGCAUGCACAUUUGCGCGUCGUUGUGCGGGUGCCUGCCCGCGAGCACGAUCACGCGUGGAGUGCUCGCCAACUGAACGUCUGAAAAAGUUCUUUUCGAGUCGCGGACGCUGCCAGACUUCUUCAAGUCUGUGCGCCUCAACGCCACCACCUACAUGAUGGCCUCCGUGUUCUUGAACACGCUCACGCCCAAGUUCUACGUGGCUCUCACGGGUACAUCUUCCCUCAUCUCCGGCCUGAUCUUGAUCUUCGAGUGGUGGUACUUCCGCAAGUAUGGAACAUCGUUCAUCGAGCAGGUGUCCCUCAACCACCUCUCUCCGUGGCUCGGGGGCACUGCUGAGGAGGCCGAGGGGGACCGGCCUCUCGACCGGGGCCCUACGCCUUCUGCGGCCGGCGAGUGCAAGGUGUGGCGCAACCCACUAUCGCUGCUGCGAGGAGCCGAGUAUUCACGCUUCCUGGCUGCAACCCGCCGUGAGCCGCUCACAUUCUACGACAUGAACCUCUCAGCACAAGACCAUCAGACACUGUUUGCUUGCGAAGCGGAUGCGGGACACCCCGAUUGUGAAGUGAUGCAAAUGGCCUGGCGAGAGAGAGACCCCAAGACGCGCAUCCAACAUGCUCAUACAGCACUUGAUAAGAAUCCAGAGUGUGUAACAGCAUACAUCUUGCUGGCAGAAGAAGAGGCUCCAAGCGUGCUUGAGGCUGAAAGACUAUUUCGGCAGGCUCUCAAGUAUGCCGAGGCAAACCAUCGUAAAAGCCAGCCAUUACAGCACCAGGGAAGCCUUCAUGAAGCAGUUCACAGAAGGGAUUGCAACGUGCUUGUGUACGUACGUCGAAGAUUGGCCAUGUGUGCUCGAAAACUGGGGAAGGUUCGCGAGGCUGUCAAGAUGAUGCGUGAUCUGAUGAAAGAGUUUCCGAGCAUGAAUCUCUUCAACAUCCACGAGAAUCUCAUCGAGGCCCUUCUUGAGCUCCAGGCUUAUGCAGAUGUUCAAGCUGUUCUCGCCAAAUAUGAUGACAUCAACCUUCCCAAGUCGGCAAGCAUCUGCUAUACAGCUGCCUUGCUCAAAGCACGUGGUGUAGCCGACAAGUUCUCGACGGAGGCUGCGGCACGUAGAGGCUUGACAGGCCCCGAGCUGAAUGCCGUCGAGGCUGUGCAUCGAGCUGUUGAAUUCAACCCACAUGUACCCAAGUACUUGUUAGAAGCCAAGAGCCUCAUCUUGCCACCCGAGCACCUUCUCAAGCGUGGUGACUCAGAGGCACUUGCAUAUGCAUUUUUUCAUCUGCGCCACUGGAAGCGAGUCGAAGGAGCUCUCAACUUACUGCAUUGGUCCUGGGAGGGGACCUUUCGCAUGCUACCAUAUCCUUUGGAACGGGGGCAGCUCUUCUAUCCAUACCCAGGCUGCACAGAAGCAACAGACCGAGAGCUCCUGCCUCCCUUUCAUGAACUUUCUGUGUACCCAAAAAAGGAACUGCCGUUCUUCAUCCUCUUCACAGCAGGUCUGUGCUCCCUGACAGCCUUGCUGGCCUUGCUUACGCACCAGUAUCCCGAACCUGUGGGUCUCGCGGCACGCACGCUUCUGGCGUGGCUAGCUUUGCCCCUGGGCUAUAUCCUGGACAAGCUGGAAGCACUCCUGCCAUCCAGCUUACUUCAGCAACUGUCACGCAUCUGACUAUCUUCAUCAACCAUUUGUGGUCUCAUAGCAUGUGUGUGCACAGCCGAGUGGACCUUCUCUGCAGUUUUUCUCAAAGCUGUAAUUAAAUCGAAUGCCUAGUCAACCAUA